AUGUUUCCUAUAAAAUAUCUAUUCUAUUUUAUUCUUUUACAUUUGAUUAUUGGCCAUCCUCAAAUGAAUCUUCAUCAUACUGGUUGGGUACGUGAAAAUGUAAAUAAUGAUGUAUUACAACAUGAUUGUUUACGUCUUGAUAUUUUAAAUGAAGAAGGAAAUGCUAGUCGUGAAAUAAUAUCCUAUUGUAUGAGUGAAUUACCAUCGAAAUUUCAAGUCGAAGAACAUGAUUCCUUUCCAAAAUUUACAUUUAGUGAACUUUCAUAUCAAAAUAUAACAAGUCAACAAUUAUAUCUUUGGUCAGCACCAAUAGAUACUAUUGAAGAUUAUCAAUCCUAUUUGAACGAAUUAUCAAUUUUUAAUAAAUCAGCUUUAUCAAAAGAAGUUUUUUAUAAUUGUACAUUACCAAGAUUUGGUUCGAUGUGUCAAUAUGAAAUUGAUUAUAAUCAUUCAAAACAUUCAUCUUUAAAUGAUAUCAUUACUGAUUUUUAUCGUACUCAUGAAUAUAAACCAAUUAAUUAUACUUGUUAUACUCAUUUACAAUGCAAUCGCGGUCAUUCACCAACAUGUUUAGAUUGGACUGAAAUUUGUAACGAAGAAAUUGAUUGUCUUGAUGGUGGACUCGAUGAAGAAUAUUGUUGGCAACUUGAAAUUAACGAAUGUAAUGAUAAUGAAUAUCGUUGUACUAAUGGACAAUGUGUGCCAAAAGCGUUUUUUCAAGAUGAUGAGUAUUUUCCUGAUUGUCUUGAUGGUUCGGAUGAACCUUAUAGACAAUCUAAUGAACUCAAUAAAUGCGCUCACAAUAAACCAUCAUUAAAAUGUGAAGAUGUAACAUGUAGAGAUCCAAAAUGUAGAUAUGAAAAAUGUAUCGGUUCUUGUUGGUUAGGACGUCAAAAAACACUAUUUAACAAUAUGUAUUCUAUGAAAGAUAAUUCUACAUCUGAUCAAUGUUGGUCUGCAUUCGUAUGUAGUGGUAUUAAUUUACAGCAGCCAUCUCUACCCAACUGUGUUACUUCUUGCGCAAACAAUAACUGUUAUCAAGUAAUUGAAAAGGAAUGUCCAGAUAAGUUCUAUAUGCCAACUAUUCCAGUUUUAUUUGGUGAUAUUUAUUUUGCUUAUGAAAAAUGUAAACCAUGCAACGAUUAUAAUAAAGGAUUUAAGUAUCCUUAUAUAUGCUAUAAUAAUUCUCGUUAUAAUGGUUAUUUUAAUGAAACUUCAAAGAAGGAAAAUAAAUAUACAACAUUCUCAUUCAAUAAUCGAAUGUGUCAUCGUCGGCUACCUGCUAUAGACUUACCUACCAUAGGUGGUAAGCCUGAUAUGAUAACCGAAUUAUCUUUUUUGCAUCAGUUACAUCCAGAACUUUGGCAGUACCAAGAAAUUUAUAAUUAUAAUUCUACGAUUUGUAAUAGAUCAAAUAUGUAUCAAUGUUCUAAUUCAUUAAAAUGUAUUUCUACGCAUCGUCUCAUGAAUGGUAUAAAUGAUUGUCCAAAUGGUGAUGAUGAAAAUAUAACUUCAGUUAAUUAUACUAUUCCAACAGAAGAAAUUAUAGAUACAGGCAUAGUGCAUGAUGACAAAGAGAAAAGGAAACUUCUAUAUGCAAGAAAACAUAUUUCAUUUCAAACAAUUUGUGAUGGAUUUACUGAAUUAGCACCUAUUACAAUAGAUGGACAAGAUGAAACAGAUGAAACCGAAUGUGAACAUUGGUCAUGUAAUAAUGUUUAUACUCAUUGUAACGGUUUAUGGAAUUGUCUUAAUGGUGAAGAUGAAAUUGAUUGUGGUUUAUCGUCAUCAUUAAAUUGUUCUUCAGAUGAACAUCAGUGUGUUUCACUUAAUACAAGUCAAUUUAUGUGUUUACCAAUUACUAAAGCAAAUGAUGGUAAAGUUAAUUGUCUUGGAGCUACCGAUGAACCAAAAUUAUGUCGCAAAGAAUAUCAAAUAAUGAAUAUGGAUAACUUUCACUGCAUAGACCAAAAACCAAAACGAUGUAUCGAUAAAUUGGACCUAUGUAACGGUAUAUAUGAUUGUGAUCAUGGAGAUGAUGAACAAUUUUGUACAACAGAUAAAUCUCCAGUUCAUUCUAUUUGUCUAGAGUCGGAACGUCCGAAUGCUUCGAAUGUCGAAGGUUAUUUAUGUGAUCAAGUACGACUAUAUCAAAAAGAACGAAUUGUAAGUUUUACUCUCAAUAGAAUGAAGAAAUCACUAAAAGAUCAAACAAAACAACAUAUAAAACACGAAGUACGUUUAAAUCCACCUAUAACUAUAACAUCUAUUCAACAACAACUUCAUUGUCAUCGUGGUAUUGAUGUGCGUAUGUGGUUAAAUGAUAAAACUAAUCGAACAAGAAAAAUAUGUUUUUGCCCACCAAGUUAUUAUGGUGAUCAAUGUCAAUAUCAAAAUCAACGAGUAAGUUUAUCAAUUAAAUUAAUAACAUCAUAUAAUUCAUGGAAAAUGCUAUUUGCAAUUGUUAUUUUAUUAAUUGAUGAUGAUAAUAAUAAACAAAUAAUUCAUUCUUCUGAACAAUUUACUUAUUUAUCAAUACGAGAUUGUCACAUAAAAAAACGUCAUAUUAAUUUAAUUUAUUCAAAUCGACCAAAAAAUCAAACAAAAAAUUAUGGAAUACAGAUUCAUAUUUAUGAAAAAAAAUUAUUAAACUAUCGAGGAAGUUUUUAUUUUCCAAUUAAAUUUUCAUUUUUACCUGUUCAUCGUUUAUCAUUAAUCGUUGAUAUUCCAGAUGAUAAUAUUAAUUUUGAAAGUUGCUCAGAUUUUCCAUGUAUCAAUGGUAAAUGUAUUAAAUAUCGAAAUAAUGAACAAAAAAUAUUUUGUCAAUGUAAUAAAGGGUGGUCUGGUCGUUAUUGUACAAUUGAACAUUCUUCAAUAUGUUCAUCUGGUUCAGUAUAUAUCGGUGUUUCUCCUAGUAAUCAAUCCAUAUGUAUUUGUCCUAUGAAUAAAUUUGGUUAUCGAUGUCUUCUUAACAAUAUGAUUUGUCAAAAUAAUGACAAUUUAACAUGUCAAAAUGGUGGUGAAUGUAUUCCUAAAGAUGAAUAUAUGAUAUCAAAGGAACAAUUUACAUGUAUUUGUCGAAAAGGUUAUUUUGGAGAACGAUGUGAAUUAGAUGAUAAUAAAAUAAUUUUAUCAUUUGAGAAAUCUAUUAAUGUAUCACAAUCAAUAUUUAUUCAUUUUAUUGAAGUUAUGAAUAAUGAUAAACCAUUGAGAUUGACUACAUCUCAAACAAUUCCUAUUAAACAAAAGUUUGUUACAAUUCUUUGGUCAAAACCAUUUCAUAUUGUUUUUGUUGAACUUCUUGAAAAGAAAUAUUAUUUAAUUUUAGUUCAAAAUAUUUAUAUUCGAUCAAAAACAAUUAACCAAUUGAUAAAGCCAUCAGAUCGUUGUAAACAUAUAAAUGAAAUAUUUAAUGAUAGUAUUGCUAAAUCAAAUAUUAUUCGUCGGAUAAAAUAUUAUCAUUUACCAUGUCAAAUGUCUUCAUUAAAUCUUUCUUGUUUUUAUGAUGAUAUUCAUCUUUGUUUAUGUUAUAAUCAUUAUAAACAACGUCUUGCUAAUUGUUUUGAAUUUGAUCAUAAUAUGACAUUCAAUUGUUUUGGUCGAAGUCUUUGUCAAAAUGGAGGUGAUUGCUUUCAAGAUGCACUUGAUUGUCCGACAAGAUCAAUAUGUGUUUGUCCUUCAUGUUAUUUUGGAACACAAUGUCAGUUUAGUACAAGUGGAUUUGGUUUAUCACUUGAUGCUAUUUUAGGUUAUCAUAUUGUACCAAAUGUUAAUAUUAAAUAUCAACCAGUUAUUGUAAUAUUAAGUUUAAUAUUGAGUAUUCUAUUUAUUAUUGCUGGUUUUAUCAAUGGUAUUCUUGCUAUGAUAACAUUUAAAAAUAAAGUUGUACAUGAUGUUGGUUGCGCUUUUUCAAAUACUCAUGCUAAAAUGAUCGAAUGGAAUUGUGCACUUGCUUCAAGUGAUCAAUUUCAACCAAAAAUAUUUGAUUUAAUAUUAGCAAUUGAAAAUGAUCUUAAAGAUCAAUGGUCGAAUCAUCGUCAUGGUAUUGUACGUGCUAAAAUUGGUAUUAUUGGUUAUACAUGUGUUGGUAAAAGUACUCUUCUCAAUCGUCUACUCGGUAUUAAAGAUUUGAAAACAGAUGAAUCUUCACCAGUACGUAGUAUAAAAAGUACUUAUUAUCAAUUACAAUUUGAUCGACAAGAACCUUUAAAAUCUCCUGAUGAUCGAUUAAAGGCAACAACUGUAACAUUAGUUGAUAUUCAGGGUCAUGAUAAUGAUACAGCUACAGUUAGUAAUCAUAUUGAACCAGGCAAUUAUCUAGAUGAAAUACGCAAAGCUGAUUGUGAUAUUUAUAUAUUAGUAUCUGAUGAAAAACUUCGUUAUGAACAACAUGGUUGGAUUACUUUUAUUGAAGAUAAUUUAAAACGACAAUGUAUUCUAGUACGAUCUAAAGUUGAUAUUGAUUUUUUGACUAAAUUUCGUGAACGUUCAGGUAUAUGUUAUGGUAAUAGUACACCAGCACAACGUGAAGAAUUUACAACAACAAUUCUUGAACAAUUAAGAUUUGAUAAUGAAAUUGCAUCACAUCAAGUUUAUCUUAUAGCAGCUGAUUAUAUGCCAGCAAGUUCUGAUGCUGAAAUUUUAUUGAAAGAACAAGUAUUUGAUAUGAAUAUGUUAGUUGAUGAAUUAGGACGAUUGGCAUGUGAUGCACGUCAACGUCGUAUACAUGCAUUAGCAAUGCGAGCCGUAUCUCGUGUAAUCAAUGUAUGUUUUCGUCGUGGUUAUGUAUUGAAUGUAUUUAAUUAUAAAAUUGCAGCUGGAUUAGCUGCUAUUAUACCUUUUGGUGAUCAAUUACCACGUUAUCUUGCAAGAGAUCAUAUUCGACAAGCAUUUGGUAUUACAAAAGAAUUUUGUCAAUAUCUAAGUCAAUUUCGUUUAAGUAUCGAUGAUGCUUGUUUACAAACAUCAACACUUGAAAACUGUGUUACAGCAACAACGAUGAAAUUAAGAGCAAAAAAAGGUUCAUUAGGAGCAGCAGUUGGUGGAGCUUUUAUAGCUGGAGCUCCAUUUUCUGAUGAUAUUAUUCGUGUAGCUGCACCUACUGCUAUUGUUUUAACUGGAGGUGCACGUAUUGCUCUUACUGCAAGUACGGCUGUCGUAGGUGUAGUUAUUUCUGCUGCUGUAUGUGCUUGGUCAGCUGUUAAUGGUGGCAAACAUAUUUUUAGUUAUGUCAAUCGAUUAUGUGAUGAUCUUAUUUUAGUUAGCAAUCCAUUGAUUACUGCAAUUAUUGAUAUUAAUACAAGAAAAUGUGAACAAACACUUUAA